AUCAGGAUUUUCCUAUUUAGAUAAACCAUGUGUUACAUGUAGUGAAUUUGACGAUUUUACUUUUUUGUUAUUGUUAUUUUAUGUUAAAUAAACUGUAUAUUGAGGAUAAGAAGGUGCUUCGUUUAUUGUGUGCCAUUUUAAUUGAUAAAUACGCAAUUCAUAGACGCCUUUCGCCUGUCUGAUCGCAGAGCCAUGCGUUUGUGAUCAUGGUCACUCUCCAUAUUAUCAAUUCGUGGCCGUGAAGCAUCCAAUACAGCCUGGAUAUGUCCACACAUCUUGCUGUAGCAACCACAACCCCAAAAUCGAAUGGGGGUUCGACUGAUCCAUCAGGAUCUUCCUAUGCACAUGCAGUUUUAAAUUUUAAGGGCGAAAAAGAAAACGGUGGCAACAAGGAAAACAUCGAAGAGUCGAUAGAAGCGAAGUCUCUCAAAGCUCCUAAAAAUAGUUCCUUACAAAUUACCGCUCACCCAAAUCAGCAACCUCUUCCGGAGGUGGCCGAUGACGAUGACAGUUUUACGCAGGUUGUCAAUCACAGUCGGAAAGAAAGGAAACACGAAAAGAAAAAAGAGAAGUUAAAGGAGACACACCCCCAUAAACCUGUCGUGAAUGGUAAUGCCGACAAGCGAGAGACCACAAACACGGCGCCAACAGCCCAGACACAGAAAGACAAGGAAAUUUUACCCGAGUCGAAGAAAGUGUAUGUCGAAGCACCUUUACCCACGACGAAUCCGUGGCAGGCGAAUCGUAUCGUGAAUUCUACCAAAGAAGUAAAUGUCGAAAAGCGGGUCUUGCUACCCCAUAAGCAGGUCGAUGUCAAUGUACAAACUACCCCGGCUGUCGUUCGUGCCCCUAAGGACCGCCGAAAAUAUAACCAUAAGGCGAGCGACUUCUCCGAUAUAUGCGAUUGGCCAACGUUGGGCGAUCAUUCGGCCGAGAGAAAACAAAGCAGCCCCAUAGGAAAUCCCCCUGUCUUAACCAAACAACACUCCAGCGAACCGGAGCCCGAGGGAGCCGAACCUUCGGAUAGGAAAAAGAAGUCGCUCAAAAACAAAUGGGUACCGUUAGAGAUUGACCUUAGUAAAGGGAAACGCGAAGCACAGCAGAAACACAAGGCCGGUGAUGCGCAGUCGACCGUAAGCGAUAGUGACGUAGAAUUUCGGGCCGAAAAGGAAAAGGAUAGUUCGGAGAAGGGAAGUAAAAGUACAACGAGGCCCUCUUCCGCCGCGACGCGAGGUAAAGGAAAGAAUCGCGCGCGAAAAACUCAACUGAAUCGACAGUCCAGCAAAGCUCAGAGCGAUUCUGAUUAUCUCGAUUUUCCCGCUGACUUCCUCGAGGCAGAUAGUUUGAGUUCCGCAAUUGAUUCUGGAGGAUUCGUAGUACCAUACAUGGGGACCUACUAUUAUAAUAGCAACAAUUAUAUUAAUCUUGAUAAUCCUACGUUGAAGGACUAUAUCAAGAAACAAAUAGAAUACUACUUUAGUGAGGAAAACCUAAUGAGGGAUUUCUUCUUGAGAAGAAAAAUGGACUCGGAAGGUUACCUACCAAUCACCCUAAUAGCGUCGUUUCACCGUGUGCAAGCGUUAACGAACAAUUUAUCACUGGUUGUGGAAGCGAUUUCUGCUUCUGACAAGCUAGAAUUAUAUUCGGCAGCAUUUAAGGUUAGAACGAAACAAGAUCCGUUAAAAUGGCCUAUAUUAGAUAAGGGCGACAACAAUACGGAUUUCAUUUCGAUACAUCAUUUAGUACCGCCACCGCCUUUACCGAAACCUUUGAGAGAUGUACAUAUUGAAAAUCUCAAUCCGGAUGUCGCCGAGUUUGUACCUUAUGAAGUGCCGAGUAACAAGUCUGAAACUAAUGAUGUCGAUAAGAAACUCCAAAAGGUGGAGAAUAAAACUCAGAAAGUUUCCGAAAAUUCCGUCAAGGAACAUAAAGAAAACGUUACGCCUAUUGUUAGGGAUGACAAUUGGCACGAGGUGAAACGCAAAAAUAAGGAGAAUAAAACCAAAAAGGAUAUUAAGAAGGAGGAGCAGAGAGUUGAGCGGGAAGAGCUCGAUUUCCAUUUUGAUGAGGAGCUCGAUCAGGACGUACCAAUAGGGCGCCAAAACACUUUUACAACUGAAUGGUUAGAGGAUGACGAUGCGGAUGAAGUGAGCGAUCGCGAUAUCAACAAAUUGCUGAUCGUCACUCAAGCGCCAUCUACGCGCGUCCCUAAGCACGAAGGGUACGAUCGCACCGGCGACUGGACUACGCGAGUAAAAAUGACCCAGGAACUUGGGAAGACGAUUAACGAUGGUUUGCAUCGUUAUGAAGAGGAUUUGCAGAUAGAUGAUUACGAUCGCCCAAUUUCUGGAAGUUAUAAGACUGUAAACUUGAUAAGUCAAGAGGCUUUUGAAAAAAUUGUUCCGCCAGCACCACGAAAACAGAAUCCUGAAAUUCCUCCGCCACCUCCACCUCCGCUACAUUUGGAGGACAAUGACAAAUCUGAAGAGACUGGCGAACAUGCUUCGACGGCACCGAUAGCUGCUCCCUCCACGACCGAUAAUAAACUUAAACGGCAAACAUCGAGAACGGCCAAGUCAACUCGUUUUUACGCAGUUGUCAAAGACAAAUCGCCCGAUCUGCGAAGUCCACGUAAACGCAAGACCAAACACUCGAUGAAUCCCCCAGUUGAACAUCACGUCGGUUGGGUUAUGGACGCCAAAGAGCACAGAUUGCGGACGUCUUCCGUUGGCAGUAGCAUGGGUACUAGUCCAAAUGAAAGCACUCUUGCCACGAGCGCCGGCAGUGUGUCGGGUAGCGUACCACAACAACUCCCCCCCUUCCAGCAUCCUUCGCACGCUCUGCUUGAAGAAAAUUCUUUCACGCAGCAAGCUUACCACAAAUAUCGGCAACGUUGUUUGAAAGAUCGUAAAAGAUUCGGCAGUGGACAUUCGAGCGAGAUGAACACACUCUUCAGGUUUUGGUCAUUCUUCCUGCGAGAAAACUUCAAUCGAACGAUGUACAACGAAUUUAAGACGCUCGCCCUUGAGGAUGCAGAGAAGGGAUAUCGAUACGGACUGGAGUGCCUAUUCAGAUUUUAUUCCUAUGGCUUGGAGACCAAAUUCAGACCACAUCUCUACGAGGAUUUCCAACAAGAUACGAUUAAGGACUAUCAAAACGGCCAACUGUACGGCUUGGAGAAGUUCUGGGCGUUUCUGAAGUACUACAAACAUAGCUCCGACCUACAGGUUAAUCCGACCUUAAAGCAGUUCCUCUCGAAAUUCAAAAGUGUCGAGGACUUUAGGGUGGUCGAGCCUCAAAUUAACGAAAUGCUGCGAAGACACAAUGGCGGCCGAUCGCAAUGGCAUCAAAAGAAUCGUAACCGAAGUAUGUCGGAAAGUGUCGCCAUGCAUACUAGUAACAGCUUGGGCCGGAUGCGUAGCGGUAGUAUACACUCACGUCAAUUGUCAGGCGGUCGGCAACGAUUGGAUUCGUUCAAUGUUCAGUCGGGUUCGAGUGCACCUACGGGCAGUUAUCGUUACGGCGAUCGUACCAGAACACAGUCAAUGUCGUGUCGUCCCAGGAUGCGUGCUAAUACCGAUGUUACUCGUUCAAAUAUUGAAUCGUGGAGACAUAGAGAUCCUGAAGACAAAAAAUAGCUAUUCAUCAAGCAAGGAGUAUAACUUAGUGUGUAGGGAUAAAUAAUAAUUUUUUUAUAAACAUACGAAAUCAGUAGUAAACGUAGCUCAUAUACAGCACUGAGACAUGUACAGAUAAUCAGCGAUGUUAUGUAUAUAUUUAUAAUGUAUUGUGUUUAACAGCGAGU